ACAUCAGAAGUGGAAUUAGAACCGUUUAAAGUGCUACAAGAGCAAAUGGUCCUUAUGCGCGAGUUAAUUCAGACGCUAGCGCACAAACCGGGGGAGCAAAGACCGAGUACGGAAUCUAAGGAUGCAACGUUACCACGUUUUGACCCCGAAGGCGCGGGCGCCGAUCCAUCCGCGUGGUGCUCUCAUGCUGAUCUGAUUUUGAAAGACCACCCGAUGCAAGAUAGUGCGUUACUUUCCGCUCUAAAUCGCGCCCUAAGGGGUCCUGCUGCGCAUUGGCUUUCACAAAUGGUGCGCGGUGGAAAGCUUACCUGGCCAACGUUUAAGGAACAAUUUCUUUCGCGUUUUGGUGACAGAGAGACAGCCGCUUCGGCGUUAAUAAGGAUAUCCAGAGAACGACCGUCGGAGACUGAAUCCCCGGGAGCGUACGGUAGUCGCCUCCGCUCCAUGCUGCAGAUGAAGUUGCAAGAUCUAACGAUGCCCGAAGUGAUCAAUGCCCUCGCCCUUUAUAUACUGAGUUCACAAGAUCGACGCUUUCGGCGACUAACGCUCGCGAAUAUCAGGACGGAGGACCAAUUUUAUGAUGAA